CUGGGCUGGUGGAAUGGGUUUGGGGUGCUGGGGCGUGGGUCCGGUGGUUGCCGGGGGCUAUGGUAUGUGGUGCUAGGUGGUGGUCACUGGAUGAAGUGGUGUAGCGGCGGUAAUUGGGCAGUGCCGAUGACGGUGACACUGUGGCCUGCGGCGGUGUCACUGUGGUCGGCGGCAGCAGUGACACGAGCGAUGAUGGAAGAAGUGAUACGAGCUAUGGCGGAAGAAGUGACAUAGACGAUAGCAGCAGUGACAUCCGACAGUGACAUGAAAAUGGGGUAGUGACAUGAAUAUCUGGUUGUCGCUUUAUUUUAGUCACAUUUUUGUCCAAAUGUAAAAGUGGUCAAACUUGUGAAAAUCAGCCUUAAUUUAUUAAAAUUAAGUGAAUAACUCCUUGUUUAUUCAUAGUCGGUAAUACUUGUUACAAUAUUGUGAAAUAAGCAACUAAGAUGAUACUUAUAGCUCUCUACAUAUGUACCUGGCGUAAUCAUUGGUAUAUAUGUGUAAUGUGUAUUAUAAUUUUUGUAUACUCACUACACUAAUAAAUGACUUAUUAAAACUUCAUUCUUGUAUUAUAUUACAGUACUAAACAACUUGCCAACAAGUUCAUUUGAUAUGACCGACGGUGAUUUUUUUUGGAACACAGAAGUAUUAGAUUUUUCAACAAUUCUCGAUCCAACAGCUUUUGUAAACUCUAUCAAUGAGUUACGCAUGAGCUUCGGUACCCCAUUAGGAGACAUACUUGUUGUCGAACCACUCAGUGAAAAGGAAAAGAAAAAACUAUUCCGUUUAACUUUAAGAUACGCGGAUACAGAGUUACAAGUUGCCAUAAGAAGAAGUGAUCUAUAUGUGAUUGGAUUUAAGACCGGAGAUGGUUGGCUUGAAUUGCAAGAAAACAGCCCUAAGAAGCAAGAAAUUAAGGGGUCAACAAUGAUAAAUCUAGGUAUGGAUUAUGCUAGCCUAAGAUUUGCGUCUGCUGAUAAAAGGGCUCUUUUAGGAGGACCUGAAAUGUUAGGCAAGUCGUUGAGAUUUCUGAAGGGAGUCAAGACAUCUGAAAUAAACUUAAAGAAAUUGCAAGGUUUGGCACGAGAGUUAUUAACGCUCAUCAUCACCGUCUCUGAAUCACUGAGAUUCAACCAUAUUUUACACUUUGUAUCUGAUUUUUUCGGAGAGGGAUGUUCUGAGGCAGCUCCAGACUGGAUCCUUGGUUUGGUGAAUCAAUGGGGAACACUAUCUAAAUAUGUUUUGAAGUACAAAGAUUCAGGAGAGAAAGAAAAAGUUGCGGAAUUAGAGAAAUUUCCUAUUGAGGUGUAUGAUUGGAACAAGAAAAAAAAAGUAAAGUUAACCAAAGUGAAACACAUCAAGUCUGCAAUGGGUCUAAUAAAGCGCCCAAGAUUUGAAAUAGGGGAGUCAUCAAAAGGAAAUCAUUAAAUAUUACUGCUAAGAGAUGGAAUGUUGCUGCUAAUAUAAGAAUUGUACAGAAGGUUUGAGCUUUAACAAGGCCCAUGGUGUAGUUGGGUUGAAGCAAACAGGAAUGUCCAUGGAUUCGUUGGUGGGGAUCAAUCUCACCCAUAGUCCUUCAAAAUCAAUGAGAUGAAGAUUUUGGGGUAUCGGUCAGAAUUUGAUUAUGUGCACCAAGAUGUUGAAGGGGAGGAAAAAGAAAAUGUUCUUCAUCACAGUGAGAAGAUGUCAGUAGCUUCUGCCUUGAUUUGUUCUGUUGAUCCUGGAAAGCCCAUUCUUGUUACCAAGAAUUUGUGGCCUGAGGUUUCACCAUCUGGAGGUUGCAGCUGUGAUGACUUCUGGUGAAAUGAAUUACCUGGGAGUGAUGUUUAAGACAUUUCUGGUACAAAGAUAUAUGCAGGGAAUGAUUAUGGAAGCUUUACUUAUGGGCCACCUAGCUUGUACAGCCGAAUGAGAACACAAUAUGGAUUCCCUCAAUUUCAUCAACUAGAAGAGUCUACUCAUUGGUACAACAGGAACAGAAUGCAACCUGGAUAUCCUAGCUCUCUUAUGUCAGAGCCUGCUGAUUGGUACAACAGGAACAGAAUACAACCUGGGUUUAUUCGGCCUGAAGGGCCUCCAUCCUUCCAGAACAACCAGAAUGGUUGCUUUCAGCAUUCAAGGUCAUCACUUAUUUAAGAGGAGAAUUAUAGGAGAUGCCGUGGAAGCAUUCGGCUCAUUGCCGCCGCAAAGACGUACUAUUUCCUCCACCAACCCGAGCUGCAGUUUUUGAAGAUGGUUGAACAGCAAAUGGUUUUCAUCUCAAACCCUCCAACCAGCCUGUCCU